GCUAUCCAUGCUUCACUUCAUUGCUCCACCAGGAAACACGGCAAAGAGGCAGAAUCUGUAGAGCAAUAUUUGCAGAGCAGCUAGGGUUAGAGGCAAAGAGGCAAAAGAGAACAGUUAGAGAGAGAGAGAGAUGGGCAGUUCGGAUAAGGGAACAGGUGUGGUUGAUUGCACUGUUGGAACAAUUGUCUGGGUUCGGCGACGGAAUGGCUGGUGGUGGCCUGGUAAGAUUCUCGGUCCUGAGGAGCUCUCAGCUGCUCAUCUCAUGUCUCCGCGAUCUGAGACUCCAGUCAAGCUUCUUGGAAGGGAAGAUGCCAGCGUGAAGGUGCGGAUAUCAUAUAAGGGGGUACCAGGUGCUUAUAGUGAGGCUGCUGCACUCAAAGCCUACUCUCAAUGCGAAAAUGUUCCUUGUAACAAGUUUGAAAAUGCAUUCAAGGCUGUCAAACUCUGGUUGGCUGAUAAAACAGUUCUUCCGAUUGAAAAUUCUUUAGGUGGAAGCAUCCAUCGCAACUACGAUCUACUCCUUUGGCAUAAGCUGCACAUAGUGGGUGAGGUUCAGCUGGCUGUUAACCUUUGCCUUCUAGCACUACCAGGUGUUCGAACAGAGCACUUGAAACGUGUUUUGAGCCAUCCACAGACUUGUCAUUCAGAUGUCUGCAACUGUUCAUCAAUCUGGGGUUUUAAAAUUUGUCCUUCCCUGGAGGAGCAAAUGCUUGAGGUCAUUUCCAUCAUUUUUCAACUUCGUUAUGAUUACAAGGUUACCAGGAAACAAUUGCUUCAGUUGGUAGCCUCAAAUGAACUGAGGGAUGCUGGGGCUGUUGCAAGUGCUCGAGCUGCAGAAAUUUAUGGGCUAGAUAUACUUGCUGAGAGAAUUCAGGUGGAAGAUAUAGUUGUUCUAAAAAGUAUCAUUUUUCUCCAAGUCAUACUGGGAUGCUUGCUACGGGUUCCUAUGGUCAAACUACUGCAAUCUAUAGGGAAGAUAAUAUGGAACUGUUGUACAUCUUACAUGGCCAACAAGGUGCAAUUCCCAAAAGAUGGUGACUAUUUAUAUACAGGGGGGCAACAGGACCCUUACAUACUCUGCUGGGACAUACGCAAAGCUGUUGACAUUGUGUUUAAGCUGUAUCGAUCUUCAGAAAAUACCAAUCAGCGGAUACUGUUUGAUAUUGAUCCUUUUGGUCAGCAUCUUGGUACAGGCAGUGAGGACGGAUUGGUUCAAAUUUAUAAUCUCCAAAUGGGGCAGUGGGUAUCAAGCUUUCAAGCUGCACUGGACACUGUCAAUUGCUUUUCAUUCCAUCCAUUUCUGCCAAUGGCAGGCUCUUCAUCAGGGAAGAUUUGUAAGCUUCGAUGAUUCUCUCGAGGACUUCAGCUUGAGUGGUGAUGAAAAUUGUGCUUCCAUUUGGAGUUUCGCUUAUGCUUCAAUGGCGGACAAUGCUACCUGCAUGGAUUCUGGAGAUUCAAACCUUUGCCAGGAUCCUUGUAUUGUUUGCAAGUUA